AUGUCGACCGACGCGCCCCUCCCCUUUGUGUACCAGUUCGCAGCAGGCGCUGUGGCUGGUGUAUCGGAGAUCCUGGUCAUGUACCCCCUCGAUGUGGUCAAGACUCGCGUGCAGAUUCAGGGCGCAAAACCAAUUCCUGGCGUGGACCACUAUUCAAGCAUGGUCGAUUGCUUCCGCAAGAUUGUCAAGAAUGAAGGCUUCUCCCGCCUGUACCGUGGCAUCACUGCUCCCAUCCUCAUGGAAGCACCGAAGCGUGCAACCAAAUUCGCGGCAAACGAUGAGUGGGGCAAGGUUUGGCGCAAUGCCUUUGGCGUCACCAAGAUGAACCAGUCGCUGUCUAUCUUGACCGGUGCUUCCGCUGGUGCGACUGAGGCCUUUGUGGUUGUGCCAUUUGAGCUGGUCAAGAUUCGGUUGCAGGACCGUGCUCAAGCAGCAAAGUACAACGGAAUGAUCGACUGUCUCACCAAGAUCAUCCGUCAAGAAGGUCCCUUGACCCUCUACCAAGGUCUGGAGUCUACCAUGUGGCGUCACAUUCUCUGGAACGCUGGAUACUUUGGUUGUAUUUUCCAAGUUCGUGCCCUCCUUCCCGCCAACCCCACCAAGGWCAAGAGCGUUCAGAUGCGAAWCGACCUCCUCAGCGGUGCGAUUGGAGGUACUGUCGGAACGAUCCUCAACACCCCCAUGGAUGUCGUCAAGAGCCGGAUACAGAACUCUCCCAAGGUGCCAGGCGGUGUGCCAAAGUAUGGAUGGGCGUGGCCAGCACUGGGAACUGUCAUGAAGGAGGAGGGUUUCAGCGCGCUAUACAAGGGUUUCUUGCCCAAGGUGUUGAGAUUGGGACCUGGAGGCGGAAUUCUGCUGGUAGUGUUCACUGGAGUCAUGGACUUCUUUCGUAAGAUGAGAGAUGAGAAGGCAGGUUUGAAGGCGUGA